AGAGACACAAGAGACUGUGCUGUUAAGCUGCCCUGCUUUUUGUGUGCCUGGCCCAUGCAGCCAAUGGCCAUUCUGGCAUUUGCAGCCCGGCCCAUGCCACCCCUCCCCCGUCCAAUCCUGGAAAAAUAAAAUGGCACCGGUACAUACCUCAGACAAUCAAACAGACUCCGCACAUGUGCAAAAAUCUGGCACUGUCUUCACAAAUAUGGUGCCAGUGCCACAUGUCUAAAGACGUCAAGGGGAUAACACAGUAGGCCAGCAUCAGGACGGGCAGGAGACUGGGCUUCAGGGCCUGAAGGAGUUACUGCAACCAGGAAGUGAGUGAGAGGCUCUGCCUAAGCUCAUAGUGGAGGACGUGGAUUGGACAGUGUAGAGCCGGAAGGGAAAGGAGGUGUGUGGAGAGACGAGCAGGACUGAGGAGGACGCUGGAGCAGCACUGAUGGCGACUGGAAGUGAUCGGCUGGCGGGGGCCGGGCUGGUGGCGUUCAGCAGCCUCCUGUUUGGCUAUUACACAGUGUGGGUCAUUUGCCUGCCGUUCAUCGACAGUGACCAUGUGAUUCACUCCUUCUUCCUGCCAAGAGAGUACACUGUGCUGCUGCCCUUAUUGGCUGCCCUUAUUCUGCUGCUCCUUAUAGGAAUUUUUGUGACUUAUGUGAUGAUGAAAAGUCGGAGCCCUAAGAAGAAAUCACAGUGAAAAUAUGAAUAUGUUGCUAGUCCCUAUUUGAAGUGACUGAUUUCCACCUGCAAUAUUCCAAGACAAAUAGGUCACAUCCUUCAUGACAUUUCACACCUGCUAUGAUGGAAUAAGAGACCCCAACGAGUUCUUCUAUCAUCACAGAGCACCUUUAUCAGAGGAACACUUACAGGCUAAGCUACCGUUAAUGUAAACAUUGCACCUGUGCCCUCAAAAUUUGGCAAAGAAAUGCUGCCACCUUGUGGUUGAACUUUAUAAUGACAGCAUGCAUGUAGGUUGCUGACUGUAGUUUAACAUUCCAGGUCUACAGUUUAAAAUGUCCUAAUCGCAUACCUUAAUUUCUUGUGCUUCUUAGAAAGCCCACCAGAUAGAUACUUAUGCUCUCAGAGAAUUGUUCCUGCAGUGGAUACGACUUGAAUAUAAAAAUUUCUACAUUAA